AUGUACCCGCAGCUUCCUCGGGCUCGUGAGGUUUCGACAAGCAUCCAGCAUGACACUUCGCGCGACGAGGAGAUGGCGCGCCAGCUGCAGGCGCAGUACGACCAGGGCCAGAUCAUGGCGGUGGCGCAGCCUGUGCAGCAGUCCGAGCUGCCCUACAAGUGCGGCAACUGCGGCACAACGCACGUGGUGCGCAACGUGACGCACGGCUCCACGUUCCAGUGCACAGUGUGCGGCGCGCCCAACCAGAUCCUGCUGCAGCGCCGCCCCGUAGUUGUUGUCGACCACUCGUACGGCUUUGUGCCCAUUCCUCUAUUUUGCAGCAUCAUGUAGCGUGGCUGCAUUGCGGUCUUGGCACAACCGGCAAAGCAGCUUGGCAGUGUCUGAGAGGUGUCCAAGCCGCUCUGGAAAGGCGAAAGCAGAGGUUCUACCGCAGAACUUCGGCACAAGUCGAUCUACUUUUAUUUACUGUGACAACAAGCUUACUUCUUAUUGACUCA